AUGGAAAAUGAGGAAAUUCUCAAGGAGAAAGAGGUCUUGGCUAGCACUGAAGACGGAACAGCUCUCGACCAAACCAUGUUAUCUAGGAUGGAGACAUUUGAAGUUAAUGGUCCAAAGCCCAAAAGGAGAAAUGGAAAGAACUGCAUCAUGGUCCUAGUGGUCACGUACCUGGUUCUGCUCACUGUGGGCGCUGGGCUAUUGGUGAUACAAGUUCUAAACCUGCAGGAGCGGCUCCAGAUCCUGGAGAUGCCCCACAACAAUGAAACGCAGGCCCAGAUCACCCAAGUCCUCACCAAGCAGGAGAGACUACAACAACGGAUGGACAGCUUUAUUCAGAUCCCAGGCUACAUUCUGAAUUCCUUUUCCUUUCCAGGACCCCCAGGACCCCGAGGCCCACCAGGAAUCAAGGGAGAGGCAGGAAGAAAAGGAGACGUGGGCAUGAAAGGAGACAUGGGGGUCAUGGGACCCCCCGGAGCUCGGGGGGAUAAGGGUGACUCAGGAAAGCCGGGUUCCCCAGGAGUGGCUGGAAUUCCUGGAAUCAAAGGUGAUCAAGGACCACCUGGAGUGACGGGUCUUCCAGGCUUUCCAGGAGCUGUGGGAUCCCCAGGUGCCAAGGGCGAGACUGGCAGCACUGGCCCCACUGGGCCGAUAGGACCACCAGGGAUGCCCGGGAGACCAGGAGUCGAAGGUGUGAAAGGAAGCAAGGGGGACACAGGACUUCAAGGACAGAAAGGAACAAAAGGAGAAUCAGGAUUUCCAGGCCUUGCAGGCAUGAAGGGAGAGAAGGGAAGCCCAGGCCUGGGAGGCCUCAAGGGGGAACCUGGACCAAGUGGCCAGAAGGGAGAGCCCGGAUGGAGAGGAGCUACUGGGCCACAAGGAGCCAAGGGAGAAAAAGGUCAAAAAGGUGACUCCUCGUUAGCCGUCCGGAUUAUCGGCUCCGGAAGCCGAGGCCGAGCUGAAGUCUUCUAUAAUGGCGCGUGGGGGACAAUCUGCGAUGACAGCUGGAACAAUGCAGAUGCCACCGUUUUCUGCCGCAUGCUGGGUUACUCCUCUGGGACUGCUAUCUACAAUGUGGGAGCUGGCUCUGGGAACAUCUGGCUGGACGAUGUUGCGUGUCGAGGGUCAGAAUCAACCUUGUGGGAUUGCAACAAGAGCAGCUGGGGCUCUCACAACUGCAACCACAGUGAGGAUGCGGGCGUGAGCUGCAGCUGA